AUUCUUCGUAUGUUUCUUCCAGAAUCCGAUAACGAAAGCGCACCGUCGCCGGUAAAAUCGCAGCCCAAGGUACCGUAUUGCAAGACCUACGAGCAGAUGAGACUUGAAGAGAUCCAGGCGGAGAGCGCGGCUUAUUACUCGUAUGAAGCCGGUAACGACGAUGGACUUUAUCAGAGACAAAUGGGCAAAUCCAAGACGGCUGGAUCUACUAGGUGGAUCAGCCCAUCGAGAGUCAAGAAAGACGAACCGGCAAAGGAAUUGAGCUUCAAGGUGUUGAGCCUGGAAGAGAUUCGACAACGAAAGAAGGAGAAGGAGCUUCAAGCCGUUCAAGCACUGACGGAUCCAACGUCCGUCUCGGAGCCUUCUCUAUCGCCGAAGGCUGAGGCGAAGGGGAUAAAAAGGCGCUCGAUCGAUGAGCAAUGCGAUAAAGAGAGCGUCAGUCCGACGAAGAAGUGCAAGGUCAGCUCCGAGUUCGUUGGGGGUAGCGAACCCGUUGUCAAGGUGCGACCGGUGAAACUGCGAAGGUCCCUGAAGAGCGCUUCGAAGGAAACCGAAAUGCAACCAUGUGGAGACGCGACCGUGAACGAAGAUGGGGCGACGGACAGUCGGGACGACCAGACCUUUUGUCGUAAGAUGCGAGAAAGCCCCGGCGAUGAGACGUCCUGCCGCGAGAGGCUAGAGAGCCAUGCCGACGAGUCGGUUAACGCGAACAGGAGGGUCGAUGUGGAGAUCAGGCUGUGCGACAGCAGCACGAACGAAGAGAAAACUCAGACGCAACCGGAACAAACGGUGGAAGACAGGAAGUCGGUUGCCACGUACACGACAGAUGAUAUCAUGAACACCGCUUUAUUGGACGUCACUCAGCCAUAUACGCAAACCGACGAGGAGUACCUGAGGCUGGAUACAUCGUCCGACGAUAUUAUGCGGGAUAUCGAGGAUUUGCUCAAAAGAAAUCCAGGGUUAAACGCGCCGGCAGAUCGCAAUGGAUGAUUUUAGUGAGGAUUUAGAGAAUACAACAUGUCUUCGAGUGUAAAUUAAUUAUUAAGUUGAAAUAAAUAUACAAUUGUUACAUUUGCAAGGUAAAA